AUGGUCAUCAUGGAGGCCAACAUGGUCAUCAUGGGGAACAAGGCCAGCAAGGACACCAUGGCUGUAAGUAUAUGCAUUUUGCAAAUCCUUGUAUAUAUAAUAUAUAGAGCUACAGUUUACAAUCCAUGCAACCAGUUUUCAAUACUUGGUUUUGAUAAGUCCUUAUCAGAUAAACAUUAUAAUAUGCAGACAAUAGAAAGGAGGAUAUAUCAUUUGUUUAUAUAUAAUUAAUUUAUUGAUUUAACAGUAAAUUAGCAAACUCCAUUGCUGCAGAUAUGGCAGAAGAAAUAUAGAAAAUCAGUUAUUGUUUUCACAAUGCAUUUUAUGCUUCAUAUAUCAAUCAGAAGGAGAUUAAUUAUUUGGCUUAAUAUUUAGUCUCGUUUUCUUUGCUUCAGUAGGUAGUGGUGGACAGCAAUGCCAGGAUCAGAGUUCCACUGGAGGUCCAAAAUCAGGUAACUGAACAAGUUACAAAUAUUAAACAUUGAUGUGAAUCAUUUGAGUAUUGACUGUUUUUCUUUCAAACUGUGAUUUAAAUAACGUGAGUUUAAUGUGCAUUUUAUGGAAAUAGUUUUUAUAUAAUUACCUUUAAAACUUGGGCACUGUCUGCUGGUAACCUCUUUUUAUGGGCUACAUCAGAAACAUACAAAUGAAUAUAAUCAGCAAAGUAAAGUGUGUGAUGUGAUACAUACGAAACACUCCCACUAAAACAGAUGUAUGUUUUCCUUGAUUCAGGUGGUGCUGGUGGACAGCAGUGUCAAGAUCAAAGCUCAUAUGGUGGACGAGAAUCAGGUAAAUGGAUACAUGGAUUUCAGUAUUAACAAAAACAUGCUUAUAAAAAUAUACCAAAAUGCAAAAAAUAAAUAUAUAUAUAAUUUUUGUCUCUCUUUAAUUAAAGGAGGCAAAGGAGGACAGUGCCAAGAUCAAAGCUCCUGUGGUGGCCAAAAAUCAGGUAAAAUAUGUGAAUAAUUAUACUGAAAUAAAGUUACAAAAUAAUAAUUGUAAUCUAAUAGUGAAAUAAACUGUCAAGUUAAGAGAGUACUCAAUGGAUUCAGACAUACUUUGAAGUGAAAACCAUAUUUAAAGGUUCUUCUCAAGUUUCUGAGUUAGCCAGAUAUUAAAACAUGCAAGAAUUUACAUUUUAUUGCAAAGGACAACUUGGCCUGUUGUGAAGUUACAACAUACUGGAGUGCCUUACAACACUCAUAGCAAGCAGACAAGAAUUAAGGGACCAAGGAGUCCUAGGCAGAUCACCGGUUUGAGGCCCCACAUUUAUUUUUCACAUAGGGGUGGUUAAUUGAGCCAAGCAAAUUCAUGGUUGUGAGGCCUCAGUGUAAAUCUUGUGGGCUAGGCUGUCACUUAAGGUCAUGUUAUGGUUAAUCCUGCUCUGAUAACUAGUAUGAUGCUACAUGCAUUAACUAAGGUUUCCUAGAUAUGAUCCAUUGGCCUUAAUGAUGAUUAGAAUGCUUAGAAAAUUUUAGAAUCGUUAGCUAAUGCUUAUCAUUCCGUCCCUAAAUUUGGCAAAGCUUAGGACCGUAAGUAGACCAACAGACACUUUAGUUUGCCAUUUCUGUUUUUGUUUUUUAGUAUUAAUAUUGAUAUAUAGUGACUAUAUAUUAUAUCUCUCUUUAGGGGGUAACGAUGGGCAGGGUCAAGUUUCAGGCUAUGGUGGUCAAAAAUCAGGUAAAAGCAUGAUUAAUUGUAUUUUAACAUAGAAAAUAAUACAUUGUAUCUAUUUCAAAACAAGCAUAUGAAGCCAAAAAUACAUAAUGUGAGAACGUUUUCUCAAAAAGGGUCAAGUACACCCGAGUAAAAAAAACAAAUGAUAUACAGCAAUGGCUAAAUGCUCUGAAAUGACUGAGAUUUAAUUGGAUUGUUUAGUAAAUAGCAAACUCACCAAGCACUCUCUUAACGAGCAGAUAUCAACAAUUGUUUUGUUAUCUAUUUUCUCCAUUCAGGUGGCAGUGGUGGGCAGGGCCAGGAUCAAAGCUCCUGUGGUGGUCAGAAAUCAGGUAUAAUUAAUCACCAAUAUUUAUAUUUCAAUAUUUGGUUUUAUCAUAUUGUAAUAAUGUGGACAUAUUUCAUGAUAUAUAUAUAUAUAUAUAUAUAUAUAUAUAAUAAAGUAGAUGGCUUGGCACUCUCCUUCCUAGUAUUCCAAAUAUGUAUAACUGCCCGGGUGCAAUCCGCUGUGCGUCCGCUAUAUAAUCAAAAAAUAUAUCCAGGGUCCACUCUCAGGUCUUGAGCAAAAAAAGCGAUUUAUUAAAUCAUGUGCAAAAUAAAGACAACCAACGUUUCGACCCCUGCGGGUCUUUUCAAGGUUCACUUUUUUUGCUCAAGAGAGUGCACCCUGGAUAUAUUUUUUGAUUAUAUAUAUAUAUAUAUAUAUAUAGUUACUAGUGUGUGAGCUCUUUAUACAUAAUGCUUUUCAGGCAAAACAUUGUAUUUAGUUGGUCAUCAAUCUGUCUUUCACAUUUUUAUAUUCUUUAUCAUGCAUUGAAAUCAUUCCCUCUCUCUCUACGUCAGGUGGUGACUCUGGGAAGCAGUGCGGGGACGUAGGAUCCUGCGGUGGGAAUAAAUCAGGUAAACACAUACGUAUAUUAAUAGAAUACAUGAUGAUUAAGUUUAUCUUUUAAUACCAUUUGCACAUGGUAAUAAUGAUAAUAACACCCAGUGGUGUAAGUACCAGUGUAUUUUUUACCAGUGUAACACAUACUGCGAAUAGAAGUACAAAACUAAAUUUUUAUUCUGGUCCAAGUUAACAAUGAAAGAUUGAUUAGGAUUGAUGUUUAAGCGUUUUAUAAAUUAGUGAAAAGGGCUUUAUUUUUGCCACAGUCUGUACAUAUAAUGUAUAAACAGUGAAUUUUACUUUCAAACUUUCAAAGAUUUUCAAUAAUUUUGGUAAGUCUAAUGUGAAAGAAGUACAUUUCACUGUGUUGCAUUUUAGCAAGAGUUUAUCAAAACAUCAACAUGUACACUUUUAAAGCUAACAUUAUUAAUUAUUAUUAUUAUUAUUAUUAUUAUUAUUAUUAUUAGUGUUUUUUUUCAGCAAUACUUUGGCUAAUCUAUCUAACAUCUAUCUCAUCUUUUUCUUUUUUUUCUAGAUGGCCAGAACCAGGGAAAAGGCCCUGGUGGUAAGAAGUAAGAAAAGGGAUGUUUCUAUCACACAUCCAAUACAACAUCAUACCAUAUACUGCUUGUUGCUGCUAUAACUUUAUACAAUAAAAUGCACUAGACUGUCUGAGCAAUGCAAUCUGUGGCUAUGUAGUGAUUUAUUAUAACUCUUCUCGAC